AUAUUAAAAGGAAAAAAAAAACAAAUAAAGGAAGAAGAAUCUGCCUUUCUCCAUGUUCACCGUGACCGCCGCUUCCAUCGAGGGUUAAGCCGAGUCGUAAUCUGCCUGAUUUCUCAUUCCGUCUUCGAAUCGAAGCUGAGAUGGCGAGAAUGGCCAGGAGAAUCGCUGCUUUCACAGUGGCUUCUGCUUCGAGUUUGGUUCAGACUCAUCAUCGCCUGGGGAGAGGUACUUUCUCAGAUUGUUGCUCUGUUUUAAGUUUUCGGAGAUUGUUUUCUUCUGGUGUUGGAGACUGCAGAGACAGAUUUAGAUUUGGGUUUCAUGGUUGUAAUGUCGAGGAUGCUGUCGCUUUGUUCGACCAGAUGGUUCGGUCUCGUCCCUAUCCCUCCAUCGUUGAUUUUAAUAAAUUACUGACUGCAAUCACCAAAAUGAAACGGUAUGAUGUUGUGAUUUCUCUCUGCAAGCGAAUGGAAUUGCUCGGGGUUUCACAUAACGACUACACUUUGAGCAUUCUCAUCAACUGUUUCUGCCGCUCAGGACGAGCGGUUUUGGGCCUUUCGGUUUUGGGGAGAAUCGUGAAACUGGGUUACGAGCCUCAUUUGAUCACGUUCAAUACCCUGAUCAAUGGAUUCUGUAUCCAAGGAAAGCUUUCUACGGCAUUAAUUUUGGUUGACCAAAUAGUCAAAGACGGAUACAAACCUGAUGUUGUGACACACACCUCUCUGGUCGACAGACUUUGUCGAGAGGGUAGAGUUUCUGAAGCUGUCAGUUUAGUUGAUCGGAUGUUAAAGAUGGGUUGUAAACCCGAUGUAAUUACUUAUAACACUAUUGUCAAUGGGGUUUGUAAGUCAGGAGAAUAUGCUUUGGCACUGAAUAUGCUCACAAUGAUGGAGGAAAGGAACAUUGAGGUUGAUAUCAUCAUGUAUAAUACGAUCAUUGAUGGUCUUUGCAAAGGUGGACUUGUAGAUGAUGCGUUGAAUCUUUUUGAAAAGAUGGAUAACAAAGGGGUUGUACGAGAUGUUGUCACCUACAAUUGUUUGAUAAACGGUCUUUGCGUUUUUGAUAGAUGGAACGAUGUUGUCCGAUUGUUGAAUGAUAUGAUCAAAAAGAAAAUCACCCCAAAUGUUAUCACUUUCAAUGGCUUAAUCAAUUCAUUCAUCACGGAGGGUAAAUUUUUGGAGGCUAAAGAAUUGUACGAAGAGAUGAUCCGAAGAGGUCUAGUUCCGGAUACUAUCACUUAUACUUUACUGAUUAAUGGAUUUUGCAUGCAGAAUCGCCUUGACGAGGCAAAACAGAUGUUCGAUUCUAUGAUCGACAAAGGAUGCUUUCCCGAUGCAGUGACUUUUAAUUGUCUGAUAAAUGGUUAUUGCAAGUGUAGUAAGGUGGAUGAGGGUAUGAAGCUCUUUCAUGAGAUGUCUCGAAGAGGAUUGGUCGGUAAUACAUCUACUUACAACACUCUCAUCCAAGGAUAUUUCCGAACGGGCAAUGCCAAGGUCGCCCAGAAACUCUUUUUAGAGAUGCAGAGACAGGGAGUGUGUCCCGAUCUUAUAACUUUCGCGGUAAUGCUUGACGGUCUUUGUAAGAAUGGAAAACUGGACGUGGCACUUGAAUUGUAUUGCAAGUUGGAAACGAGUGGGAUCGAUCUCGAUAUAUUUGUGCAUACUGUUAUGAUAAAUGGUUUGUCGAAGGCUGACAGGGUUGAUGAGGCGCAACAAUUGUUUAAUAAGCUUUCCGUUAAAGGGGUUGAACCGAACGUAACGACGUACAAUACAAUGAUCACUGGAUUUUGUGGAAAACGUAUACUCCGUGAAGCCAUCAAGCUGUUUAAAAACAUGAAAGAGGUUGGUUGUAUGCCGGAUGACUGUACAUAUAAUCUAUUGAUCCGAGGUCAUCUCGAAAGUGGCCAUGUACCAACUGUUAUCGAGCUAAUUCGAGAAAUGCGAAGCUGCGGUUUUUCGUCAGAUGUUUCAACCUUGGAAAUGGUUGUUAAUAUGUUGUCGGAUGGGAGAUUGGAGAAAAGUUUUUUGGAUCUUCUUUCUCAGUGAGCUGUAACGCGGAGCUUGCUUUCAGUCAUGGUAGUCAUAUGACAAAGAGGAACACAUUGAAUACAGUUAUGGCAAUUGGUCCUAGUAGAGUUCUUAUUUAUUUCAGAAAGCCGACACAUAAUUGGUACUACACUUUCAUGGCUCUCCACUGUUUUGGGUAGUUGAUGUGUCUGGUGCCUCUGCUGUCUUGUGGGUGAUGUUUUGUCUAAACUACUCUAAAGUGGGUCAAAGCUGACAGAUAAUUUAUCUCUGGUGAAUGAGAAGAUUGUCAGAUGCCGGAAGUGUUGUGUUCUUGCUAAGGUUUCUUGAUGUCGGAAGUGGAGAAGUUGAUGUUGGAUUUGGUCGAUCCACAGAUGUCCAAAUGGUUUGUGGUCUGAGAACGAGCGUUGGAGAUAGACAUGUUUUAUAAUUUGGUUGCCAUUCUCUGUCUUUCACGCAUUUGUUGCUCUUUCAUUACUCACUGAUCUUAAACACAGAUCUAAAGCUUUGGGAAGAAAAAGAAAAAGGUUAGUAAAUAUAUGAAUCACCGAUCCAUUGACAGAUAAAAAUUAAAUAUAUCUGAAUAGUGUCUAUUAAACAU